AUGCUCAAGGAAAAAGUGAGGAGGAAAAGGACAAACGACCGACCUGUGGCAGGGUCUCGGCUUCCGAAUCCAUUGAAGCGGCGCGGCGUCGAUUUGGGCCUUCGGAGCGGCUUCGGCUCCGGAAGUGCCGCCCCUCCGAAACCGCAGGUGGCCGUUGUUCCGCCAGCAACACCUUCUUCUUCUUUUUCCUCGUCUUCUUUGCUCCACGGCUAA